UUCCGUUGACUAAGGAUAAUCGUCCUUAAUCGAAAUUCGGCGAAAGUCCGCGGCAAACGCCGCUGUAGCACUCGGCGGUGAGACAACGGAGCGAGAUGCAAUUACCGGGAUUCAGGCGGAAGAAAUUUCGAGGGGCGGGGGAGAUGCAGUUUUAUAAUCCGCUCACACACACACACACACAGCGAAUACGUUUCACGUGUGUGCAGGGGCAUUAAUCAGAGCGCCGUUGCGAAAAUAUACACCGGAAGCAAGAAGCGAUGUUCCGAACGCGCUCGCGACAUGAAUCCUGAUCGCGUGUUUUCGCUUUCGAAUCCGAGUCGUAAAAAAUCCGUCGUAAAAUCACCGAGCGUUUAUUGACAUUCCGACGUAAUGAGCAUCUUAUCGCACGCCUCGUCUUGCUUUUGUUUCGUCGGUGUGCGGUUCGCGCUCCGCGCGAAGGAACCGCGGCGGGAAAAAUUACCAGCCUUGAGCUGUCUUCCUCGUCAUCGAAACGCGGAUUUGCGCGAGGGCUCAUCACAGGCGCUCAAAGGAUCACAGAGGAGAGAUCCCAGUCAGCGGAAAGCCCGAAGAAACUUGAACUUUAUCUUUAUUACUCGCUCAGUGUGAAACAGAACGAUUUCUGCUGAGCGAUCGCUGCUACUACGUACAUUGAAAGCUCCUUUCAAGAAAGAAGAUAAAAGGAUCAAGAUUGCGUACUUUUUAUUCAUUCGAGCGACGAUAUUCGCUGUCGCGCAGAACCAUGAUGUAAAUCGCGUAAACUCAUUAGAACCUCAAGUAAAAGGCAUCGGCCGUUUAUGGCUUCCUUUGUCGCCGGACGAUAACGAGAAUAGCAGGCAGCGAGCUCGUAAGAGACGUCUUAAAGACGCCUCGAGGAAAUAGGAUGUGUCUUUUGCACACCUUUAAAACGCAUCUUCAAAGUUUGCGCCGUCUGAGGAUAUUUCUCUGCUGCCAAGAGUAUUUCCCCGAGAGAGCGAAAAUGUCCCGAGUUGAAGGCGCACACGGGAGCUUCGCUCCCCCCGCGAGUUCACGCUGGAAAAAGGCCAAAGUCGGGGCGAAUCUUCCUCGAGAUCGGCCGAAGAGAAGAGCCCGAAAGCCCGAGCCUCCGACUGACGAAUCAAACUUGACAGUCUGUCAUUGGAACACCGUGCAAGCUCGAGCCAUGUGGCCGCCGGCUUGCGAGGACGCUUGCGCGCGAAUAAACACGUGGUGAAGCGCCGAGCUUGUCCGCGGCGCGCCAGCAAGGAGCUUGCAGUCUCGCGUGUUAUCGCUACGGGAACGUUUCCCCUCGACCUCAACCGCCUCUCUCGUCACAGCCACGCACCCCUGGAGACUUGCGACGACAGGACGAGAGCCGGCCGCGAGGGGAACGAAAAGCGACCAGACAAAUCGCGCGCGACGAAUCCCUGCGGAUAUAAAUUCCGCUCUCUCUCUCUCUCUCUCUCUCUCUCUCUCUCUCUCUCUCUCUCUCUCUCUCUCUCGUCUCCCUACGCAUAAACACCAACGCCAAUGGCAGUCGCCGAGAACUGUCGAGAAUUCCGUUGACUCACCAUCGAGAGAUCGCCGGCCAAAUCCGCAGCCCGGGGAAGCCCGACGAGCGCGCAGAGAAACGCGGGCGUCCUUUGGUGAUGCGGGAGAACGCGAAACCGGGAACGCCGAUCGAGGAAUGCCCGCGGUCCUCGCGCUGACAAGCCGUCGAAGAGGUCGAGCUUGCGUCGCGAAGCGACGAUGAGCAAAGAAGAGAGCAGCGGCGAGCCGCAGCAGGACGCCGCCGCCGCCGCGUCGGACGCGCCGUCGAAAGACCCGAACGCGGAGAUCUAUGAGAACCGUGGCACCAAGAAGAUCGUCCGCGUGGUCACCGUGAUGGCCUAUCUGUUCUCCGUGAGCUUCGUGGGUAUCCUGUUGAGCGCCUACUACAUAUUCCUGUGGGAGCCGCCGAACCCGAGGCUCAUCGAGAGAGAACGCCUGCGAGCCGAGCCGCAGAUGCAGUUCCUCAUCGCCCAGCCGUACCUGGAGGAAGCGGAACACCCGAGGGAGAAGGAGAGCUUCCUCCUCGAAAACGUGCCGAAUCGCACAUUCAAGAGCAGGCCUCUUCAGGGUCGCAUUGCGCACGAACCCGGCGUUCUCGCCGGCCCCGUCUCCCCAGGAGAUCUCAUGGCCUCCCGCCAAGAAAGGUUGGACGCGAUGCUGCUGAAGCUCAAGUAUUCGCUCAUGGAGACCCUGCGAGAGGCCCGGAGGAACCGGACGAGUCGCUUGCCGCAAGAGGCGACUACCAGCGAGCCGGACGGCUUGUUCUUCGGGGCGAAAGCGGCAGAGAAAUCGACGGAGGAUGCGACCUCGGGCUACGCUGAAGAAAGGGUUUCCCCACAGGGAAACGCGCCCGUGGAGAAGACUCGGGUCGACGGCGACGGUGCUGGUCUGUCCCAGGAGUCGCCGGACUCCUCAAGCGUGGAUCCACUACUUUCAAGAACCGCGAUUUCCGACGACGAGCCGAAGCAGACUCGACGUUCCGAGGAAGCCGUUGGUGGCGUAAACCCGCCGGUUGUCGGAGAAACGCAGAUAGAGAAGUUGACGGCUAGAUCGACGACGACGGAUAACAAGCGCCUGGAGGAACUAGACGACCUAUCGACCACACAACGGCAGAGAGGACUCUGGGAUAUCCUGACGGAGAGCACGGACGUCGAGGGAACGCUCGUGGACUUCACGUCCGUGUCGACGAUGCCGGAUUACCGCGACAAUCUCACCAGUACCGUGAACAACGGCGACGACGAGAGCGUCACGUAACCAAAUCGAAUACCUCGCUUUGUGUCGAGCGUGAUAAACUGCGGGAAAAGUGAACUAGUAAUCACCGUUAGAGUCACUAGAGCAUCUACUAAUAUAGUCUUCUAUAGGGAAGAGAUUCUUCCGCUCUACGGUCAGAGAAUGUAACUAUCGUAUAUAAUCUCCCGAAACAAGGACGAGGAGGAGAGAAAUCUCAUAGAACUUAGGCCUAAUCUCCGAGAUGAGUAUAAUCUAUAGACACGUCGAACAAUUUACAAAACCUGUAACGUUAUACAAAAGAUGCGUGAAAUCAACAAUUAAUAGACGAGUAGAACUGAAGAACAAAACGCGCACUCUCGUCGCGAGCAAAACGUAGUUUCCGUUGCGAAUCGAUGUGAUUUCCGUGUUGUCAUCGCGUCAUAAUAUCUAGGGAUCACAAACAUCACAUUUUGCAACGUGCAACUUCGAGACGUAGGUGGCACGUGGUGAUGACCAUCACACCACGCGUCGAUAGCCAAGUUGGAGAUACUUUUCAGCAUGUUUUUGUAAUUACCAGCGUUAUUCGUAGCACACAUCA